AUUAAAGCUUUCUUCGCUAAAGUGCUCUUACAAGCUGUCACACUCCUCAACCGGCUUAUGCAAGUACUAACAGAUGAAAUUUGAACGUAUAAUUGAAAUUAACACAUCAUUAUUUGCAUUUUGCAAACAAUUGCUUGACAAACUCUUACCGCAGAGACAGUACUCAUGAAUGAUCACUUUUGGGCAAAACCACCUAAUCAUUGAAGUCAACAGUCCAGUGGGCCACUGGAGCAAUAUUCCAUUUAAGCUAUUCAAUUAAAAAUUUAACCAAAAUUGUCGGACGACUGCAUUGGUCAUUGCAUUUCCUUCCUCAUUUUUCGCUGCUUUCAGCAACCUGAAAUGACAGCUUUAUGAAGCUUGGUCAGUGGGUAGACAGCAUAUGCUCGUAAUCGCAGUAAAGUAAAGCGAUCGCGUUUAAGCGAACUGAGCUGAAAGCCAAGUUUACAAUAGCCGAAUAGCAACAACAAAAAAGGUAAAAAAGCAUUACAUUUUCGAAACUGCAAUAUCAAGCCACUAACACAUGCCUAUUUGAGUAUGUAUGAAACUAUCGAAAUAUAUUUACCGUGUGUGGCAAUGUCCAAGUCGCGGGCCAAGCCAAUAAAACCGUUGCCUUCAGCGGCUCAGUCGAAUUUUCGUGCUUGAACGUGCGCAUGCGCAUGCGCUGUAACAUCACAACAGUUGUCUUGUCUUCUCGCAGCGCGUAAGAAACGCUUACAAAUUUAAUUCAGUUAAAUACUUGUACCCGAAAUUGACUUUGAAGGGCUUAACAUGUUCGGUAUUGUGACACAGUUGAACAUUUUCUUUGUGCUCUUUGUGUUCCACACACAAGCGCAUCCAAUUACCAACAACAAUGAUGCGGCGCUUGUGCAAUCGGGAGUAGACAAUAGCCAACUUUUGUUUGAGGUCAACGGUGGCAGCGUCCAAAAUACGCCCAACGCAGAGGACACCGCAACGUCGGCCGACAGUAGUCCAGACUUUCGCAUCGACGAAGCGCAGCUGGCCGAGUAUACGGUGCAUUCGCAAGCCGAGGAGGGCGGCAGCAGCAGCUCGGGCGGAUUUAGGAUCUCUUUGUUGCCAACACAAGAAAAGACGGCCGAGUCAGUGAAUCUGGAACAAGAAGGCAUACCGUCGAAGGUACUUGGCACAUAUGACAAGACACAGAAGAAGGUAGCCGAUUUGAGAAACCUGGAACCCAUUGUGGACACCAUUAGUGAGCACGAGAAAUAUGGCAAUAACGGUGAUAUGUUUGAUGGCAUAGCACGCUCAAUCGUGAACGGUUACGAGGCUUUUUCGAAUCUACUCAACACUUUGAUACAGAAACCGAAGGAUAUCGCUCGUUCUAUUUCGAAAGGCAUCACAGCACAGCUGGAUAUUAUUGGCGGCAAAAUUGUUGGAUUAUAAAAAUAAGCUCGAUUCUAUAUAGUCAGUAGUUUUAUUUAAGUUAGAAAUAGUUGUUGUUUGUUUUUCAUGAUUAUUUUUAUUUUAUUUUUAAUGUAUCAAUAAAUAAUUUAUUAGUUGUUUUAA